AUGGUCCACGACCUCGUCUCCCACAGGCGGUGCGCCACGAGUGCCCUUGUGUGCCCCCACCUCGGGGUCUGCCUCUGGCUGUGGCUGGGUGUUGCCGUGGGACUCGGCCAGAGACAAGAGAGCGGCCGCCUGAGGCUGGCGGUGCUGCCUGAGGACCGGCUGCAGAUAAAGUGGUCGGAGUCGGAGGGGAGCAGCCUUGGCUUGGUGCAGGUGAAGCCCGUGGCAGGGGACGCGGAGCAGGAUGUGAUGCUGACCACGAAGGCCCCCAAGGCCACGGUGGGGGGCCUGAGCCCCUCCAAGGGCUACACCGCGCAGAUCUUCCGGCUUACUGGCUCAGGGAUCACCCUGCUGGCUCAGAGGGAGUUUGUGAUAGAGGAGCUGAAGAGGCCCCUGGGGGCAGCCCCGGAGCCCACGCCCUCCCACGUGGGGACCCCAGCCCCGGAGCCCCCAGUCGCCUCGUCCCCGAGCCAAGACCUGCCCACUCUUGGCGGCUCCCGGUGGGAUGAGGGACUGCUCGGUGAGGAGCAGCGCCCGCCCAGGGGCCCCGGGGGCAAGGCCCCUUCUCAGCCCACCAAAGACCUGGAGAGGCAGAGCCACCCCAGGGCCCCGGAGGGAAAGACCGAGAAGCCAGCCAGCCCCCAGUUCCGCUGCACACCCCCUACACCUGUGGACAUGAUCUUCCUGGUGGACGGGUCCUGGAGUAUCGGCCACAGCCACUUCCAGCAGGUCAAAGAUUUCCUGGCCAGCGUCAUCGAGCCCUUUGACAUCGGGCCGGAUAAAGUCCAAGUCGGCCUGACUCAGUACAGUGGAGACCCCCAGACUGAGUGGGAUCUCAGCACCUUCGGCGCCAAGGAGGACGUGCUGGCUGCUGUCCGCAGCCUCCGCUACAAAGGGGGAAACACGUUCACAGGCCUGGCCCUGUCACACGUGCUGGAGCAGAACCUGCGGCCGGGGGCGGGGUCCCGUCCAGAGGCGGCCACGGUGGUGAUUCUGGUGACGGACGGCAAGUCCCAAGAUGAUGCCCGUGCCGCUGGCCGUGCCCUCAAGGACCUGGGUGUUGACAUCUUUGCUGUGGGCGUGAAGAACGCGGACGAGGCCGAGUUACAGCUCCUGGCGUCCCGGCCGCUGGACAUCACCGUCCACAAUGUGCGGGACUUUCCCCAGCUGGGCACCUUGGCCGGCUUGCUCAGCCGCCUCAUCUGCCAGAAGGUCCAGGGCAGGAGCAGGGCCCCGGUUACAUCGACCGCGGGCAGCCCCUCCUCCCCGGACACCCUCUUCACACCCACCAGCCUGGUCGUGACCCAGGUGACCUCCUCCAGCGUCCACCUGUCCUGGACUCCAGGCCCCCAGCUGCCCCUCAAGUAUCGGAUCGUGUGGCAGCCUUCCAAGGGUGGCGCCCCCAGGGAGGUUGUGGUGGAGGGGCCCGCCUCGUCCACGGAGCUUCACAACCUGACGGCCGGCACGCAGUACUUGGUGUCUGUGCUCCCUGUCCUCCGGGCUGGGUUCGGAGAGGGCCUGAGGCGCCUCGUGACCACAGCGCCUCUGCCUCCGCCCCAGGCGCUGGCCCUGGCCGCAGUGACACCCAGGACCAUCCGCCUCACCUGGCAGCCGUCGGCCGGGGCCACACGGUACCUGGUGCGGUGCCUGUCGGCCUCCGCCAAGGGCCAAGAGGAGGGGAGAGAGGUGCGGGUGGGGCAGCCCGAGGUGCUGCUGGACGGCCUGGAGCCCGGCAGGGACUAUGAUGUCUGGGUACAGAGCCUGCGAGGGGCCGAGGCCAGCAAGGCUCGGGGCAUCCGUGCCAGGACCUCCACCCUCGCGCCCCCCGGACACCUCAGCUUCUCAGAUGUGAGUCACGACUCAGCCCGUGUUUCCUGGGAGGGCGUCUCAAAGCCCGUGCGUCUGUUCAGGAUCAGCUUUGCCUCCAGUGACGGCAGCCAUUCAGGGGAGGUGGAGGCUCCCAGCAACGCCACCUCGGCCACCGUGGGCCCUCUGUCCUCCUCCACUGCAUAUUCUGUCCGCGUCACCUGCCUCUACCCCGGGGGCAGUUCUUCCGUGCUGACCGGCCGCCUGACUACGCGGAAAGUCCCCAGCCCGAGCCAGCUCUCGGUGACAGAGCUCCCUGGGGACGAGGUUCGACUGGAGUGGACGGCCGCAGCGGCUUCCGGCGUCCUUGUGUACCAGAUCAAGUGGACGCCCCUGGGAGACGGGAAGGCCCACGAGAUCUUUGUCCCAGGGCACCGGGACGUGGCAGUCCUGCCUGGCCUGCGAAGCCACUUGGAGUACGAGAUCACCAUCCUGGCCUACUACAGGGACGGGGCCCGCAGCGACCCGGUGUCCCUCCGCUACACCCCCCCGCACCAGAGCCCGCCCUCUGACCUGGCCCUGGCGUCCAAGUCACCCGACAGCCUGCAAGUCAGCUGGACCCCUCCGAGCGGCCACGUCCUCCACUACCGGCUCACCUACGUGCCAGCCUCGGGCUCAGGGCCCGAGAAGUCGAUCUCUGUUCCAGGACUCAGCAAUCACGUGACGCUCCCCAACCUGCUGGCAGCCAGCAAGUACAGGGUCCUGGUCUCCGCGGUCUAUGGAGCCGGAGAGAGCAGGCCUGUGUCUGCCAUAGGCCACACGGCAGCCUGCCCCGCCCUCAGCCCAGAUGGCUCCCUCUCAGGCUUUGACCUAAUGGCGGCCUUUGGUCUGGUGGAAAAGGAGUAUGCGUCCAUCCGCGGCGUCGCCAUGGAGCCCUCGGCAUUCGGCCGCGCCAGGACCUUCACACUCUUCAAGGAUGCCCAGCUGACGCGCCGGGCCAGCCCUCAGCAUGCCCUGGGAGCCCCAGCACUGGCACAGAACCCCUCUGAGCACUCCCCUCCCGACAAGCUCGGUGACGUCCACCUGGCCGCCCUCCCACCGGAACACACGGCCGUCUUCCUCCUGCGUCUGCUGCCCGAGACACCCCGCGAGACCUUCGCGCUGUGGCAGAUGACGGCCGAGCACUCCCAGCCCAUCCUAGGGGUCUUGCUGGAUGCCGGCAGGAAGUCUCUGACCUACUUCAACCACGACCCCAGGGCCACCUUGCAAGAGGCCACCUUUGACCUGCCCGAAGUGAGGAGGAUAUUCUUUGGGAGCUUCCACAAGGUGCAUGUGGCUGUGGGCCGCUCCAAGGUCAGGCUCUAUGUGGACUGCCGGAAGGUGGCUGAGAGGCCCAUGGGGGAGGCAGGCAGCCCACCUGUUACUGGCUUCGUCAUGCUGGGACGGUUGGCCAAGGCCCGCGGGCCCCGGAGCAGUUCAGCCACGUUCCAGCUCCAGACGCUGCAGAUCGUGUGCAAUGACUCCUGGGCGGAGGAAGACAUGUGCUGUGAGCUCCCUGCGUCGAAGGAUGGAGAGACCUGCCCUGCCUUCUCUUCCUCUUGUGCCUGUUCCUCGCAGACCCCGGGGCCCCCGGGGCCCCAGGGACCUCCGGGCCUCCCCGGAAGGAACGGAGUCCCAGGAGAACAGGGCUUCCCAGGCCCCAGGGGAGAGCCCGGGCCACCUGGACAGACGGGACCUGAGGGUCCUGGGGGUCAGCAGGGGUCGCCAGGGACCCAGGGCCGAACCGUGCAGGGGCCUGUGGGUCCGCCAGGGGUCAAAGGAGAGAAGGGGGACCACGGAGCCCCGGGUUUGCAGGGCCAUCCUGGUCACCAGGGCCCUCCCGGGAAGGUCGGCCUCCAGGGACCUAAGGGAAUGAGGGGUCUGGAGGGGAGUGCUGGCCUGCCUGGACCUCCGGGCCCGAGGGUAGGUCCUCCUGAGAGGCUCCCCCCACUUCCUAGGGCCGAUCAGGGCUUCCAGGGCACGGCGGGGGCCAGGGGUUCCGGAGGGCAGAGAGGACUCCCGGGGCCUGUGGGGCUCACGGGGCUGCCGGGGCCCAAAGGGGAGCGAGGAGAGAAGGGGGAGCCGCAGUCCCUGGCCACCAUCUACCAGCUCGUGAACCAGGCCUGCGAGUCUGCCAUCCAGACUCACGUGCUGAAGUUCCACCAUGAGAGCGCCAGGGCCCCCAGGCCCAUCUUGCAGGCCCUCGGACACCCCAGCUCUCACGGUGAGGCCUGGCUCCCUGGAAGAGGAGGACGAGACGGCCCCCACCCUGAGGACGGAGGUGAGCCCGGAGCCCUCGGUCAGAGGAGCAGCCCUCGGCUGAAAGGGAGUGAGUCUCCCGGACCCCUGGGGGGAACGGGACGGCCCCCGUGCUGCCCGGAGUGACCCUGCCCCUCCCUGGACCCUGCAGGAGGAGCCUGGAAAGCGAGUCCCGGGAGGAGCCUGGAGGCAGAAGGUGGGGGUGGGGGGCCUUCCCUCUGUACUGUUUCCACACUCAGAUAAAGUACAGCGUGCUCA